AUGAUUGACUGUAUUUUGAGCAGUACAUACCGCUUCUCCAAGACACAGCGAAUUGAGGCCAAGACACCGAGUCCUUUCGAAACUCUGUUCAUAUCUGUCAGCUUCGCCGCCACACGAAGACCUAACACCGACAAUGACAACGAUAACGACACUCCAAACGCCACAACCAAAAACGCAGCAACAGCCACCAAAACCCGCACCACCAAAACCAAUAGUAGCCAGACUUCCUGCCCCACAAACCAAUCCUCAUACUCCUACAACCAAAAAACCUACUGCUGUCCCGGAAAUUUCUAUGGUAGUGGCUCCGACGCGCUCUGUGGAAUUUCUUGCUCUGGGAAUGCUGCCGCCACUUCCGCUAUCCCUUCGAAUCUGUCUUGCUCGUCGACUAUUAUGAUUACUGAGAAUUCAUACCAAUCAAAGGUCGCUGCUGCUACUGCUGGUACUGCUACUAGUUCGGGUGUAGCGGCGGCGAUUGUUACGGCGGGUCCUAUGUUUGGGGCUUUGGUUUUUGCGGGGGGKGUUUUGGUUGCUGUGUAG